AUGAAGCUCUCCGUAGGGCUUGCGGCUGCCCUGACCGGCGUCGCGACCGCGCUCUCCUCUGAUCAGCCCGCUGACGUAUAUCUCCUGCAAUCGAAGCAGCCCUCGAGCUCCGAUAUCCCAUCAUUACCACGACAGAUUGCCCGCCUUAUCCUCCUUCAACGUCUGUCCCCCGAGGGUCAACAUGCAUCCUGGGAUCUUCCCGAGUCUAUCUCCAACGAGAAGGCUGUUAGCUACUUGAACGAGUUCGGCAAGGCCCCUCAGGCCCUCUUCACCAAUGCCGCCUCCACAGACCCGUCCCAGCUCGUCGUCAUGCUCGAGGGCAUCACUGCCGACGAUGCCAAGACGCUCCAGAAGUCUCUUGCCACCUCUGGACCUACCUUCAGAGUCGGAGAUGCUCCCUCCAUCACAGCCAAUGACAUGUUGCUGGCGAACGACUUGCCUUCCGUUGGCGUUACCGUGAAGAACUGUGCUUUCGAUAAAGCCAUCAACCCCUUUGCCGAGCAAUGUUGGAGUGGCAAGUCAUCAGUCGUCAGAUUUGAUACCAAGAAGGACUCGUCGAUCCUCGUGUCCCUCACCGAGAACGCCACCCUUCUUAAGCAGCUUGCUGCCAACGGUGAGAUGGAAACCGUCAUCAUCGCGAUGCCCGAGUCGUCUCGCAACUCCAAGCUGCGUCAUUGGUCCUCCAAGCCUGAGGAGCUCCGUCGUCGCCAAGCCGAGGAAGUUAUGACAAUGACCGAGACCGACGACCACGACCAGCCCGCUCCCACUACCCCAGUCCAGAGCACGGCGCCAUUCGUUGGCAACGCCGAGCGAGGCACCAUUCCUUCUUGCUUUGGCUCGCAGGAUGCCUGUGUCAAGGCCACUGGUAACUGUUCGGGCCACGGCGAGUGCUUGAACAAGUACGCCAGAGCGGAUGGCCAGUCCGCCGGAACAUGCUUUUCCUGCUUGUGCCUCGGAACUAAGAAUGAGACGACGGGCAGUGUUACUCACUGGGGCGGCAAGACCUGCAGCAAGAUUGAUGUCAGCGUUCCCUUCUGGCUUUUUGUUGGUUUCGGUAUCGCCAUGGUCGGUACCCUCACCUUUGCUAUUGGUCUGCUCUUCAGCGUUGGCGAGGAGAAGCUUCCGGGUGUCAUUGGCGCUGGCGUCUCCAAGACCAAAUAA